GAGACCCAGUCAGUGAGUGAACCAACUUUCCAGCGACUCAGCCAUCACGGUGCGAAACUUUUCUCUCCGUGCGCGUGUUGAAAUGAACCGACUCGCCGGCCGCGGACGGGGUUUAUGCGGGGAUAGACGGCCGUGGUAACGGGUUGAGGGGGGGCCGCCGGUCCGGCCCGGUGCCGGGAGCAGAAUAUGGGUCAGACCGCCGUGUCUGCCGUGUCUCAGCCUACGAGCGUUGAUGGGCUGGAGAAAUCAUCAUCUCUGGCCAGCUGUGAUGUGGUGGUAGACAGCGCCACCAAUACCCAGAAUGCCCCUGGAUCGCGGCAGCAGCGAGGCAAGCUGUCGUCGCUGGGAAAACUGUUCAAACCCUGGAAGUGGAGGAAGAAGAAGACCAGCGACAAGUUCCAGGAUCUUUCCAAAGUUCUAGAGAGGAAAAUCUCUACCAGACAAACGAGGGAAGAGCUGAUCAAGAAAGGAGUUCUCAUUCCUGAGCAAGAUGAAACGAUCAGCAGUGAAAAUCUGAAUGGACAUGCCACAUCCAGUUCGACAUCAGAGGAAGUCAAAGUGGACAUCGAAUCUCCAGAAACGCUGCCAGAGGAACCAGUCGCUGGGCCGGUCAGCGCUGAGGACAAAACAGAGAGGUGUGAUACUAAACCAACCACCCGGGCUACUCAGGUGCGGCAUCGAGACGUUCAGGCUAAAAAACAGCAAAGUGCCACACUGCCGUCCUCUUCCAAACCUGCCGGUGGCUCCGCAGCCACGAGGCACAAAGAUGGUGCCACGGGGACUAAAAAGACAGCUAAAACCACAGCCAAGACUGGCUCAGCCACACAAACUAAGGCUAACCCUCGGAGCACUAACACCACCAGUCGCGGUACUGCCAAAUCGUCGAAGAAGACGGGAAACACAACAAAAACCACCCCAACCUCCACUUCCACUCCCCGUUCUCGUGCGUCUAAGGACGCCGGCGCUGCAGCACAGUCUAACGGGACCGAUGCAAAGGUCAACCGGAAAUCAAAUCCUCCCACCUCUUCCUCUGUACUUCAGAAAGCCUCCGCAGAGACUCCUAGCCAGCCUGGGGAGGUCAAAUCCUCUCCCCUGUCUUCAGACACCAAGCCUCUCUCACCUACAGCCUCGGCCAAUGAGACAGAGGGAACUCAGGCUGCUUCUAAACCUGGUCUAGAGACUAAAUCUACUCCCGGUGCUUCUACCGCGAGUGAGGAGACCCCCAAAGGUGUGUCUCCUGAAACCACAGUGCAGUCUUCUCAUGUCAACACCACUACCGAGGACACAUCCUUCACAAAAGGGGAGACGAACAGCAGCUCACAGGAGGAGAAACAGGAGAGGAUGAAAGGAGAGGGAGGAGAAGAUGGAAAGAAGAGAGAAGUGGAGAGUGGUAGAGAGAACAGCCCGAGGUCAGCAGAGGGAACAGAAAAGCCGCAGGGCCUCAGCGUGAAUACAGAGCAGGCUGAGGUCACAGUGAUCCCUGAUAGGCCGAGAGACAGCCAGACUAGUGACUCGGACUCUGACGGACCAAUCCUAUACCGAGAUGAGGAUGAAGAGGAGGAGGACGAGUACACAACCAGCUCUCUGGCAAUGAAGAUCCGCCGACGAGACACCCUGAACAUUAAGCUGGGAAACCGACCCAGCAAGAAGGAGCUGGAGGAGAAAAAUAUUCUGCCACGAAGCUCCGAGACAGAGAGACACGAGCUACGCCAGCAGAUAGGCUGCAAACUAGUCAGGCGUCUGAGCCAAAGACCCACCACAGAGGAGCUGGAGCAGAGAAACAUCCUCAAGCAAAAGAAUGAAGCAGAGGAGAAAGAAGCCAAGCAAGAGAUUAAAAGGAGGCUCUCCAGAAAGCUGAGUGUGAGGCCUACAGUGGCAGAGCUCGUCGCUCGGAGGAUCCUGCGUUUUAAUGAAUACGUGGAGGUAACAGACGCCAAGGAUUAUGACCGACGGGCGGACAAACCCUGGACACGGCUUACUCCAGCUGACAAGGCUGCUAUCCGUAAGGAGCUGAAUGAGUUCAAGAGCCGAGAGAUGGAGGUUCAUGAAGACAGCAAACAGUUCACCAGAUUCCAUCGGCCCUAAAGGCUGUCACUGCCACCUGGACGUCAGCAGCACAAGCUCUCUGGUCCACAGCUCCCAGCAGUCUCCUGGCACUCCAGACCCCCAGUCCACAGCUCAGUUCACUUUGCUUUGGAAUCAGCCUUUUUCCCAGCAGAUAUUUUGGCUUGUCAUAGCCUGAUAACCUUAAACGUGGCUGCGUUACAUUUAGUAAAGCCAGUUACAGAGGCUUGUAUAGCUUAGCGGGACGUUUCAUGAAACUGAAACCGAAGUCAAAAUGUCUCCUGUGAAAAUGUUCUGCCUCUCCUGAUGGUAUGUAUUUAUGUCUAUAACGACAGCUACAGGUGUGUCUUAAGGCACCGGUGAAACAUUUGCACAUAUCUAUAGUCAGAACAGUGGUGUGUAUAGUGCUCUGAUCAGAAACAUUUAUUUAUUGUGGAGUAUCAGAACCAGCUGGUGUUUUUUUUUGUUUUGUUUUUUGUUUCUUUGUUUUUCGGUUCACUCCAGGCCUAAUGAGAGGUUGCAGGGAGGCAAAAAUUCCCCCUGUGGUAGUGAAUGUGGCUCAAGAGUACUUUAGAGUUUGUGUACUUGCCAAAGUAUGCCUAAACUGACAAAUGGCCAUAUAUGGUCAUCCUCCUCAGAACAGGAAGUGGGGGUGAUUGGACGGUGUCACGCUGAUGUCAGUGCCUAUGUCAUCGAUCGGAGGGCAGGAGAGGCGGUUUGUUCUGCUCCGAUGUGCCUCUAAGUUGAAUCGGAAAUACUGCAGUUCAUUUUUGGACAUGCUUACAGUAUAUUGCCACAAGAGGGCGUUAUAUCACAAGAGUUAUAGAAGGGGAUGAUGAUGGUUGUGGAGAUGAAGAAGUGUUACAUUUAUAACUGCUGAGGGAGGCUUUGAUAGUUAAGUGCAAUGGAAAUCACCCCUAUUCCAGCCAAUUCUAACCCCUCAGCACACCUCUGAUGAUACAUGAUGAUCGUGUACCGUCACAUAUCCUGUGUUGACUUAUUAAGUGCAAACCUCUGAUCACAAAGUGCUCGACUUGCUCUUUAGAGGAUCUCCUUCUUUUAUUUUUUUUGGCUACAGUUUUUCAUUUCAGGCUUUUGGCUGGGGCUCUUCACACAGUGGUGCCAAAGAAAAAGCAGGAAUUUGAUUGUACGUUCUGAACCGAAAGCUCACAGUUUGGAUUCCGUCGGGUGGACUUCUUAUAUAAAGGUUUUAGGAACAGAGAAUAGGCAGGGAAAGUUUAACCACUCACCUCAUUUUCCAUUUCCUUGAACAUGCUUUCGCAAUUUAGUCAAGUUGGUGUAUUUAUAGAGCACAUUUAAAAACAACAAAUGUUGACCAGAGCGCUUUAAUCUUUUAGCCUGUCACAGUUACAUAAGAAGAGGCUUCCUACCUGCUUUUACACCUUGCUUUAACAUGCGCCUUGAAUCCAGCAAUAUCAGUUUGUUUUUACCAACUUAAUCUGUUUUAAUUAAAUUGAUUAAAUAUGUUUUUUUUUAACUCUUAGAAAGAUGUUUAUAGGUUCAAAAUCCUGAACUGAGGAUUUCAUUUCAACCCUCUGAAACCCAGGCAGGUUAAAGGCAUUUUUUCCUCUUGUCACAUUUUUCAUGACUCACUGUAGGCUCAUUUUUUUGUGCAAUAUAAAGUCCUGCACUUCUAUUGAAACAGCUCAGCCAUGGCUUUUGUGCAGUAUGACAUAGACACAUUGCCAUAAAUCCUAAAAAAAAUCGAAAAUAAAAAAAACCACGUAUAACAUUUCCUCACGUCAACAUGUAAAUUGUGACUACACAUUAGAGAUAUUUUACUUGUUAAUUUUUUUUUUUUUUUCCAUUUGUCUCCUAUCUACUCUAAGCACAGCCUUCAGUUCAGUCUAAUUUAGACAACAAUUCUCUGAAUAUUUUGUCUUGUGACUAUUGGUCGCAGUGAGUUACUUCUGGCUUUUCUGUUCUGCUGAGAAAUGCUGAAUUUUUUUAGUUUUUUACAGAAUCUGCUUAGAGCAAGGGAGUUAUUUAUGUUUUAAAUAAAGUGAUUUUGAUGAAACACGAUUUUAAGCUUAGAUUUUAUUCUUUUUCCAGACAGAACAGCUCAUCACAAAUGAGCAGUUUACGGGAAAGAUGAAAAUCUUUUGCUUCCGUCUGGUUUUACAAUUUCACGCUGCGAUAAAUGCUGUAAUUUUGGCAGUUUUCUUUCAAACCGGCUUCUGUGAAUUUGGGCUUUCAGAGGGUUAAAUGUGUGGAUACACUUAAAUUUGUUGUGUGUGCGUUUAUAACUUCUUGUGGCUGAGGUGGUUUGGGUUGCUUUUCAUUUUUGGUGCAUUCAUAUGUAUUCUGCCUCUAAGUGCUUGUCAAGGUAAAAUCCAAAUACUCAGGAUGCAUGUUAAUGCAAAGUGUAAAGAGGAUCAGGUAAAAAUGUUCUCUGUCUGUGUUAUUGACCGAUUGUUUGGCUGAACUUUAGUAAUCUUUUAUCCCCCGGCCCACUUCCACUAGAGCGGAGAUGCUGGUUGAUGAGUGAUUGACAGAUCGAGCUCGCUGACCUCCAAAAGCCUGCGUUCUCAUAAUUGAGCCCCAACCUCCACAACACUCGUCAUUCCUGCAAAUAGUAGCUGAAAAGGGCAGAUUAAGUCUUUCUGCUUCUGAAUGUUGCGUGGGCUGUUAAAGGAAAUGAUGUACAGCGAAGGAAAAGAACCAACAGUAUUCAUUCAUGUUGAUGUUGUUAUAUAUUGAUUAUUUUGUACAGAAUGUAUAUCAAGCAUGUGCAUACAUUGAAAUCAGUUUUACUACCAAUAUGAUACAGUACAACUUUGAUGUGAAUGUUUUAGGCUCUAAGUGGUAUUUCUUAUUUUGAUUUUUAUCAUCCCCAGAUACUAAUUAAGAUAGAAGCAGUGCAGCUCACAUUUAGGUGUUGUUUCUGGACAGCAUAUCAAGCACAGCCUCCACUAAACCUCCCUGUUUCCUCGGCAGACCCCGGACAAGACAUAGUAUAGGUAGAGAUAACUCCCUCUGGUCAUUCUGUAUUCAGUUUAAAAGCAAUUUAAAUUCCUAUCUUGACAUCAAGGUUAGAAUUAUUUCCCCAGAUGUCCAUAGUUCACUCUGUACAAACUAGAAAUAAUAGUCCUAAACUCUGUUAUAAUUGCUGUAUCUACAUGUGUCCGAUUUUAAUCACAUUUCACAAAAUGUAGUUGCAUCAGUAAUUAAGUAGUAGCUGAAGAUCGACCGUAAAACAGACCAGAAAGCUCUUUUGAGUUUUCAGUGGCUCAGUAAAAGCCGAGCACCAUUAUGAAGAUGACAAAUACGUAACUGGUGACAUGCUAAAAACACUAUUUAGUAUUUCAGAGCGGUUCAUAAAUGGCAUGGCAGAGCAGACAAGCACAUAUAAAGACAUUUUCUGUGUUUUAAAUGUAUUUCUUAACAGCUUUAACUCUUCUAUGAAGCAUCCACAACUGCUGUAUUAAUGAAUACUUCUUAGCAUGAUUGCAAUUUAAAAUAAUGACAAAGUUUUUAGUCAGUUGUUGAUUUAACCCCAAGAAAGUCAUGUCUGUCUAUCGAAAUAAUAUAUUUUGUGUUUUUUUUCAAUGACAAUAUUCCUUUUCUGCCUUAAAAAAACUUAGAUGUAACUCUAAACCACUAAAAUUUGUCCCCUCCUCUCGUAGCUCGAGCACACCAGCUCGCCCAGCACUCUGCUCAAAACGCUUUAAAUCGACUCUAGGUUACACAGCCUGAAAACUGGCAGAAUUUUUUCCUUUAAACAUAAAAAAAAUCCUGAAAUAAAUACCAUAUGGAGAUAUUACCAAAGUAAAAAAACACAUUCAUAAAGCUAUAAAGACUUUAAAACCUCCUUGUGAAUCUAAUACUAUGAUAACACCAUGGAUGCUUCAAAGGAAAAGAUAUAAUUACACUUGAAAUGUCUUUACAUCAGCUUCUAUCUACAUUAUAUUGGUCUACACCAUUUAUGAAAUGUUUAUAUACUGCCUGUCAGUGCUAAAUAGUCAGGUUGAAAUAGUUUUAGGUGCUUUCCAGGCAGCAGCUUGGUAUUUUCUCUUCUAAUAUAGUGCACCUACAGUCCUGGUCUGGCCCAUUCCGAUGUUUACACUGGAGGCACUGAUGCAUAAGUCCAUAUUUUAAAUCCCAAACUAGGUAUGUCAGUGUUUAGUCUUAACCAGUCAAUCACAAAGACCAGGUCCUGUAAAACAACAUAAAUGGCUGCAGUCUGUUUCAUCUCAUCGUUAUGGGAAAUGCAAACCAAUCUGUAAAUCUUCAGACAGUAAGACCCAAAGAAGCUUUAAAGCCGCCCCACAUUUCUCAACAUUAUCGCUCAGACCGAAUUUCUAAAAGUAUUUCUCUGAGAUUCCAGUCGAUGCGUCAUAAAAUGUGCCCCGUUAGGAAUAAUUCACGAUGCUGUCCAGUUCUACCAGGUAAUAAUAAUGUUUACAUUUGAGAAGGUCUGCUGUUGUAAAGGUGCUCGAGGAUCCUUAAUCACUUGGGAGUUGAAAAACAGUCCCUAACUUCAGACUCGAGCCGUAGUCAGUCUGAUGCUGCUGUCGUCUUGAAUCGUCUCUUGAUCGUGGUAAAAUUCACCGUAAUUUGCUGCAGAUUGUGUCACGCUGUAAAUCUUUUGAUGUUAAAUGUAGGAACAGUCAGAAAAAAUGGAUGCAUUUUGUGCUCAGAGCAGCAAAGACCCAGAACUGGAUUUUUUUUUUCUUUUCACAUGAGCUCUAAACACCUUUUACUGUAUGUUUGACAUAAACAAUUCAUCAAGCUAUACAAUGAUGUUACACAUUAUAUCUCCAGAACAGCUACUGUUAAAACUGUGUAUAGUGUUUUUUUUGUAUAUAAAGAGUCCCGAAAAAUCA